UGGUCUGGCAGCGGAGGGAGCGCAGCGCAAGUCUUGGAGCUCUCAGCACAAAACCACUCCGCUCCGCCGCCUCACUCUGAUCGGUGUUCCUCCAUCAGCCCCGCUCCGCAGAGCCGAGCCGGCCGUUCCCGGCGCGUAAUUACGCACGGAGAGUAGAGAGGGAUCCGCGGCGUUUGGCGUAGAAACAACAGACAAAGGAAGGAAGGAAGGACGGCUCGAGUACAACUGACUUGAAAAGAGAGAAGUGCUGCUGGAGAGGGGGGGCGGGAACCUGGAGUCGGAAGUGAUUUGACUUUUUCCCCCAGAAAUGUAACUAAAGUGCAGGAUUUCGGGGAAGACUUGGAUCGGUUUGCAGAAGGAGCAGAAAAGGACUAAGAGUUUAUAACCGCAGUAUCCCCAAAUCCAGCAGCAGCGUCCUCAGAGCAUGGGAAAAGGAGCCGUGCGUGAGCUGUAAAAUGUACCCGCUACACCGAGAGAGGGAGCAGCCCAUCUUCAGCGCCAGAGCUCAUGUCUUCCAGAUCGACCCAGCCACCAAGAGGAACUGGCUGCCGGCCAGCAAACACGCCGUCACCGUGUCCUUUUUCUAUGAUGCCAACCGGAGCGUCUACCGCAUCAUCAGCGUGGGCGGGACAAAGGCCAUCAUCAACAGCACAAUCACCCCCAACAUGACUUUCACCAAAACCUCGCAGAAGUUUGGCCAGUGGGCCGACAGCCGGGCCAACACCGUGUACGGCCUGGGCUUCUCCACGGAGCAGCAGCUGCAGCAGUUCUCAGAGCAGUUUAAGGAGGUGAAGGAGGCGGCCCGCCUGGCCAGGGAGAAAUCUCAGGAGAGGUUUGAACUGGCCAACCCCGCGCUCAACAUCGCCGCACCUCAGCUCUCCCAGGAGCUAUCAGAGGAGCGCCAUUCUCCGCCGCUGCUGACGGUCAACGGGCCGGCCGAGGACAAGCUGAUCCGCAGCAAGAGCGCCGACGUAGAGCUGACCUCGGAGAAGGAGAGGAUCAAGAAGAUGUUGUCAGAAGGGUCUAUCUCUGAGAUGAACCUGGAGGCUGAGCUCUUCACCCUGCAGGACAGUAACGCCAAGCUGGUGGCGGCGCUGCAGGAGGCCAACAGCAGCGUGGAGCAGUGGAAGAAACAGCUGGCUGAAUACCAGGAGGAGACGGACCGACUCCGAGAGCAGGUGGCGGAGCUAGAGGCCCAGAGUGGGCGUCCUGCUGCUGGUCAGGCUGGUGGAGACGAGCUGAGCCGCUCUGUGGAGGAGCUGGAGGCUCUUCUUGAAGCCAAAGACCAAGAAAUUCACAACCUGCAGAGCAAGAAAACAGACGUGAGUGAGCUGGAGAAGGAGAGAGAGGAGGCCAUGCAGAGACUCCAGGAUCUGGAGAGGCAAAACGCUGAGCUGGAAGAACGGGUUCAGAGCGCUGAGAAGACCCUGGCCUCCAGCCGGGAGGAACGGGAGCAGUCGGAGGUCGAGGUCCGGCGGCUUAUUGAGGUUCUGGACGUCAAGAUCUACGACCUGAACGACCUGAGACAGAGCCUGGCCAAACUCAUUGACAAAUAGCCAGCGCAGCAGCAGGGCUGCAUCUCAGUGGCCAGCGUCAGUUUCCUCCAUUUGGGUUUGACUUGUAUUUCCUGAUCUAACAUAAGAUCACAAGUCAAAGCAGCAUGGAGGACAGCUGACUCAUGGGGCCUCAUGAAGGAUGAAUGGGAACCCUCUUAAGAGAGCCACACGUGUCAUUUUUUAAACAUCAAUAUAUCAUUGUCAAGUUCAUUGUGAUAUCUUGUUAUAAUUACCAUAUUAAAACCAAUGAGUCCAUGGUGAAAACUAAGGCUGAGCAAUACGGCAAAAAACAACAAAACAAAAAAAUCAUAGUGUGAUUCAUUUUACAGAUGUUGCGAUUAUGAUAUUUAAAGUUUAAUAGGAAUGAUAAUAUUUGUAUUAUAAUUUUAAUUUUCACAGAACAGCCUAUUAAAAUGGCAAUAAUAUGAUUUUUGCCAGGCUAAGCGCCUAACAAAUGUGAUUUCUUACAUCUGGAAACUACAAUUUGUUGGCCAGGGCUUUUCUGGAGCACCAUAACACUUUAUUUACACCUUUAUCAAAAAAAAUUGCAGCUUCUGUGAUUUGAAUAUUACGCCUAGACAUAUUGCAGUUUCGUUAAUAUUUCGAUUAAUUGUACAGCCUUAGUCAUAACAAUCGAUAGCAGUAUUGUUUACCGUGUUACCGCAGUAUUGUACCAAUGCUCCUCCAAAUUAAGACGCACUUUCCCCGGGCCAGGGAUGAGGAUUGUAAAGUGCAGCGCAGAGGACACCAGAGGUCCUCUCAGUGAUGGCAUCGUUUGUUAUGUAGUGAUUAGAUGUCAGAUGUCUGAAACAUUAUUGUGACAAUGAUUUAUUGGUUGUAAAAUGUCUGCUGUAGCAUCUCACAUCAAAAUUGAGAUUUAGGUGGUUGAACAGCAAAGGUCAGCAUUUCCAAUAGAUGUCAGUCUAAGGUCAGUUACAUGAGGUUCACAUAUAUAUUACUAGUCCUGGGCGAAUAGGGCUAUAUGUAUGUAUGUAUGUAUAUGUAUGUGUGUACAUAUAUAUAUAUAUAUAUAUAUAUAUAUAUAUAUACAGUGUGCAAUUGAAAAAGUGUUUUUUGCCCGAUAAUAACCUUAAAUGUCAGUUUUGUGGGUGUUCCCCUUCAACACUGCUGAGAUGCAGCCAGUGAGAGGCGAGGAAACUGAACAACAGGAGCUCCAGUUCUCCAGCAGCAGCCUGGACCGGCCACCCAGAGGCCAGCACAGCAACAGACUUACAGAUGCAACAAUCUGCUCCCAUUCUGUCCUGGUGAGGAUCACUGGGAGCGCUGCCGUUUUCUAUUCAUGUUUUAUGAGGACUGUCCUUUCUCACCACAUAUUCUAUUAUUCAUGUUCAUCCAUGGGUUGGGAAAUCAGCAUCAGCUACCUGCCAAAAACUGCUCCGUUUUGGCUGCAGCUGGUCAGUUUGUUUCCACCGGCUCCACCAGCCUCUUUGGCUGCUAGUUAAGUUUUUUGUUUUUUUCAAGGGAAGGUCCUGUUCUGCUUUCCUGCCCUGCAUGUAGCCAAGUUGAAUAGGAGAUUGCACUUGAUGACGUAGGUGCCAAGUUUGACUUUGUUUACUUUUUGUCAGUGUUAACGAAACUAUUGAGUUCUUGUUUUCGUCCGUUUUUUCAGUGAAGUGUGACACUACCGUUUGCCAUGAUAGUAAUAAUAAUCCCAGAAAGAGGCUCAGUGGAGGCGCAGAGCAGAGAUCACAAUGAGAGCACUGCAUGAGCUUUUGGAGAAGCCCUGUACAGGCCAAGGAAUGUGAAGUUGUGUUUCUGUGUGUGUGUGUGUGUGUGAGUGUGUGUGCACGCGCACGCAUGCGUAAGCAGUGUGCAGCCUCAGACGGCUCGACUUAAAAAGCACAACAGUAGUGUUAGUAAAUGGUACUUAAUUGAGUCAUCUGUCAGCUUUGUAUGUGAACUCCUGAUGCACAUUUUCUACUCAGUGUGUUUCUCUCCCCGUAACACUGAGCUCAAUAAGACAGUAAUAUAGGUACAAAUAUGGCCCAGUGUAGCAACUUAUGAUGUAAUAACUGCCAGAUAAUAUAAUAAGAAGUCAAAAUGUAGUAAAAAUGUUUACUUCAGUGUUUGCUUCAAAAGUGGCAGAAGUGUUAAUAAUCCUGUUAUUGUAAUAAUUUGCCAAAUAAUAGGACAGCAUGGCAUAUUAACCAGUAAUUACUACAUUAUAUGGACUGGAACAGAUAUUUUAUUGAUGAUUUAGUAAUAUUCAUGAUCCAUAUUAUCUUAACAUGAUUUGGCAGGCUGUUACAUUAUUGGCCCAAAGUAUUAUCAUCAGUUAAAAAUGCCACAGCUUAUAUAUAGUAACAAUUGUCAGGCAAUCUAAUAAAUUGAUGUUAUUACAGUGUCCAGCUGUGUAGUGCAUGAACAGGUUUUAAUACAUUUUCAGUCCAAUAAGAGGGACAUUUUAUGACUUUAUGACAAGUUCGUACACCAUCUGACAUUUUGGACAUCAACAGUUGCUACAUGCAGGCGUUGUUGAAUUAGAUGCCUUUUCAUAAUAUGUCAUUUGGAGCCAGAGCCCAGGCCCAUUGUCAUCUGUUUUAGCAAAGGACCGGCCCCUCAGAAAUGGCACAGGUUUCUUGGCUUCACCUGCAGCACCAGAUACUGACACAUCGCCAGUCACCGGCCUUCAAUUAGUAUGAGGAUAAUACACAAGCAGCUCCUGCUGAAUUAGCUCCACCCCUCACGCUUUACUUUACAACGGCCUUAUUCUGGAGCGUUAGCAGGACACAACAAUAUGAUGUAGUUGAUGAGGAGCUCCGGUACAGAUGUAAGUUCAGGCAGCAGGGUGGUCCACAAGCAGAUCCACAGUAUUGUGCACCUACUAAACCUUUCCACAGGUUUGAAGUGAGGUAGGUCGAUGGGCUGCAUAGUUAACCGGGUGUGAUGAGUCCACCUGGUGGUGAAAUCCUUUUUAAGUUGCACUAACUCUCCAUUCACGUCCAUAGAAAAAACAGGUCCCAAAAUAUAUGCCAGUACAAAUAACAAUCCAGCAGGAACUGUCUGCAGCAAACGUCACAUAGUAGCCCUGACAACCUGAUAGUACUUUCACAGAUAACUGCAAUUACACUGAAAAAAUGGGCACCAGGACUUUUUGGGGGGGCAUAAUUUCCUUUGUUUGUGUUUUUCCACACUAUGGAAGUGAAUGGAGAGAUAGAAAUACAGUAUUUUAGGUUAGGAUUAGCAGCCCGGCGGGGCACAGAGCAACUAGUAGAGGACAUUUCACCAGCAUGUAGACUCGUAACACCUAGAAAACCCAACACUCUUCAACAUUCAGUUUGGCUUUAAAGGAGACAUCCACCCUGUAGGCUAACUACCUCUGUUAAAAACAGCAUUUGGUCAUGUACUUUGAAACUUAGGGUCUUUUUAGUUGCUUGGUGUUUGUUUCUACUUCCUACUUGGCCACUGGAGGGCAUGAUGUCAUGUCCAUAUAUUUCCUACAAUGGAGAGUUGAUGUCAGAACAUGUUUAAGAAAAGUGGGUCAACAUAACAUUCAGGCAUGUUGCUGUGUGAACAUGGGCUUGGCCGAGGAAACCGCUGAAAAAUCACACCAUAUUUUCACCUUUUGUAGGAGACAAGUUCCCUCUCUUUCUAAUCUAGGGGUUGUUGAAAUGUACUGCAACUAACUGAAGUAGAUGAUGCAGGCUGAGGGAAAGUGGGUUCACCAAGAAAACAAAGUAAAUUUCCUCCUGGAAUAUGGUGAAUAUCUGCACUGAUGGGAUCUAACAGUGUGAGAGGAUCUGGAUUUCUCCUUUAAAACACUAGAAUAAGGUCUUUGGGAAAUAGUCCAGCAAUGCUUUUAUGUUACCAGUUAUAAAAGAACGCAGAACCAAAGAUGCACCACUUUGUCACGUUGAACCUACUUCAACUGGAAGCACAUAUCUUCUGUACCAUGCUCAACUUCCAUCUCUGUUCAGAUUUAUCGGUUGAUUUGUUAAGGACUGCUCAUGAAAUAUUACAGCUCCUGCACCUUUAACAUUUUGGUAUCGCUCCAAAUACCUCAGAAUAACUUUGACUAUUCCAGGUUAGUUUUAAAAACAGUUCUUGCAGAAAAAAAAAAAUCCAACAUUUCUCUUGGUUUCUGACUUUCUGAAGAGUUGCAUCAUGUGAAGAGGGGGAUCUGUGGAUUAGUGCUCGGUUGUGGCAACACCUCUGAUUAUUAACUGCUAAGAACCAUGGAUUUGUGGAGAGUAGAUAUUUGUAUGGGUUUUGACAAUGUGAGAAAAAGUUCUUUACAUUUGUAUACCUUUGUUAAACAUUAAAACUCGGUCAUGCAAGUC